GAAACCUUACUUAAGCUGGAACAAGCCGCUUGCCACUUAAUCCAACCCCUCAUUAGUUCAUGGAACAAGUUGAUUAUCUAGAGAACAAUACCGAAGACUUCAAGAUUCAAAAUUCCGUUUUCUACUCCUCGCCGGCUAUUGUCUCCAUCAUAACCGGGCAGGUGAGCUAUUAUCUAGUCGAGCAGUUCCAUGAUGAAAAGAAAGAAGCGCGGUGGGCUAGGCUCCUCAGAAUCAGCGUUGGUAUGCUUUUUUCCUCUUUGUGUUGCUUAGUUGCUUCUCUUGUUGCUUACAGAUUGGAUUCCAAUUAUAAUUCUACCAGCAUGUCCCAGUUUCUUCUGUGGGGAAUGAUGAAAGGAAUACUGGAAGAAGGGUUAGAAGAAUUUCUCCAUGACCAUCUGAACAAUGACUUACAGGUACAAGAAGUAUACGGAAUUGCAGAUACUGUAGGGAACUUCCUCAGUAUGAUACUCACAGCAGCUUCUCCAAGCAGCUGGGUUGGUAGUGGCAAUGACAUUGGCAAAAGUCAUCUUGACAAUUACUAUCGCAUGCUGGCAAUUAGAACCCUAUUCUCCACGUUUUUGUUCACCAUUGUUGCCAUUGCCUAUGAAUUACAGCAAAAAGAGGAUACGGAAAAGAGUGGGAAGAAGGGCUGAAACUCUCCUGGCAUUGUUGUAAUUAAUUAUCUGUUUUGGGUAUUUUUGUGCUUGACUUUUUCUUUGGAUGGUUUCUUAGAUUCCUUCUGCAUUUGUGUAUUAAGCUAUACUUCGUUUAUUUGUGUUGUAUAAUAUUAUAAAUGGACGUAAUAUGU